CGUUUUUAAUGGUAGGAAACACGGCCUUAGACGUGUAGAAAUCAAAAGUCGGUAGACCUAGGCCUAGUGUCAUUGAGCAACAAACUUUAUUUAUUUUUAGAAAUCAAAAUGGCUGUUCACGUGCCUAAAUUCGUUUUAUUUUCCUUUAUAAUCACAACGUUUUUGCAUUCAAUUGCCACGGAAGGAGAUUGGAAUACUAAAGAUUUCCAAAGAAGAGAGCACAGUCUAACCAAGCCGUACCAGGGAUCUGGAAUGGGUAUCCCUCAUUGGGAUAUGCUGGGAAGUACGAUGGUUACCAAUAACUACAUACGCCUGACUCCAGAUCGGCAGAGUAAAAUGGGAGCCAUCUGGAAUAAUGUGCCAUGCUUUGUCAGAAACUGGGAAGUACAUGUCCAGUUUGAAGUACAUGGUAGUGGGAAAUCCUUGUUUGGUGAUGGCUUUGCUGUUUGGUACACUAAAGACAGAAUGUUGCCAGGAAAUGUUUUUGGUAACGCAGAUCCUUUUGUUGGUUUGGCAGUCUUUUUGGAUACGUACAGUAAUCACAAUGGACCUCACAAUCAUAACCACCCUUACAUCUCAGCUAUGGUGAACAACGGAAGUCUGACCUAUGAUCAUGACACUGAUGGCACCCAUACCCAACUUGCAGGAUGUGAAUCCCAGUUCAGGAACAAGAAAUAUGACACGUUUCUGGCCAUAAGAUAUGAAGGCAACACAUUAACAGUGUCUGUUGAUAUUGACAACAAGAAUGGCUGGAAGGAAUGCUUCUCUGUGUCAGGUAUUAAGCUGCCUGUGGGAUACUUCUUUGGUCUAUCAGCAGCCACUGGGGACUUAGCGGACAAUCAUGACAUCAUUUCCGUUAAGUUUUAUGAACUUGCAACAGAUUCUAAAGAACAAGAAGCCGUGUAUGAUGGAUUACCAGAGGCCCAGUCUAUGGAGCCACCAAGAGAUAGAGUGGAUGAUAACAAAGGAUCUUAUCUGCUGGGCAACCUGACGGGCUGGAAGCUGCUCGUCAUUAUAAUUCUGCUCAUUAUUGGUGUGGGCGUCUGUGUAAUGGUUGGAAUCAUCAUAUUUCAAAAGCAGCAGGAGAAUUCACGGAAAAGAUUUUAUUAAGGAACAAAUUAUAACCUGCUGUUUUGAUAAGUUUAUUUUAUUUUUCUUUUGGAAGUUUUAGUCAAGUUUCAACAUUUUAGAACCUAGAGUUUUAAAAUAGUAUUUUCAAAAUAUUAGCUUUUUCGUUAAAAAUGCUUUUUUUUUUUUUCUAAAUUUUUAUUUUGAAGUGUUUAAACCAUUACGAGCUACAUUAAUAAUGUUCAAUGUUUUUCCACAUUAAGGCUCAAUAUACAUUAAUAUUUUAUACGAUUUUUCAAAGACAAUUUAGUCACAUUUUCAUCAUGAACAUUUUUAAUGUCCAAAGGAAUUAGAGGUGGUUAUGUUUCAAUUAAAGCCAUCAUUGUGAUUUAAGUCAGAUAUCACAUAUGCUAUUGUAAAAGAUGUUUCUGCAAUAAUUGUUGAGGCAACUAUUUGCAGUCAUGAGAGUUUUUAAAGCGUUAACCUUAUUGGACAGAGCAAAUGAUAUUAAGGAAAACAGCUCAUGUUUUCUUUGAUCACUAAGCCUAAAGCAGUAUGUGUUGUUGAGCUAUACACAAUUUGAUGACUUGUUACUUAUUGGUUGUUAUAUUGCGCAUAUUGAUUUUAAGUGUUCUGAAGUAUGGAAGCCAAAAUGAAUUGCGCAUAAUCUAGUAAAUUUGAAGUAACUUAUCUAUAGUGUUUACUAUUGCUACAUUCAUUACAAGUAACUAAUAUGAAGUACAUUGAGUAGCUAAAUUAAGUAAAGUUGAUUAUUAUAUCACAGUCAAAUUUUAUUUGACCAUUUUUAAAAUGCCUUGCAUCUUGCUCUUGAAAAAGGAAAUUCUGGUUUUUAAUCUCCACCACAAAGAGUGAAUGUUAAGAAAAUUCUACAAUUUCAACACCAACCACUCUUAGGAUGCCAGAUAAAAAUAGGUCAUCUCUAAAUUAUACUGCCUGAGACAUAAUGGUUAAUUCUUAAUCAGGUUUUAUAUUGAAAUCAACGAAACAAGUUAAAUAUGAGGGUUACACUGUUUUUUUAAAUGUGUGCCAGAGUGUGUAACCUUUUUUUUCACGUGUUCAUUUUUUUACACUGUUUGAUUAUUAACAAAAUUUGUUAAAGAUUCUUUUCGUUAAGUAUUUAAAAUUUUCAUUACAAGAUUGAUUAACAUAAACCACAUUUUUGACACAUGUUAAGUGAUUGAAAAAUUUGCCAGGCAAAUUUGUGUCGAUACAAAUGAACACAUCAGUGUGUUUUAGUCAGAUAUAAAAACUUAACAGAUGUAUAGACACUUAACUGUUUGCUGAUUAUCUUUGCUAUCUCUGAAUGAAUGCUCAACUCCGCUGCGCAUAACUUUCUAUGAAAGCGGGUUGUUUUAUAGUCCUAUUGUUUAGCUUAUAACCACACCACUGGGUAGGUGGUUACAGUGUGGCAACCUCAACACAUUCCAAAAUUUAUAUUUAAGCUAAUGGACAAAAUUGAUUCCCUAUUUCUCUUUUUGAAGUACAAGUUUAGAAAUAAGUAACAUCAUAUAGUUUAGACUGUUAUGACAGUGUCUAAAAAAAUUUGAAAUAUCAGUGAAAAUAUUGUGUUCUACGUUUUGUCAUGACCUGUUGUAAAGUUACAAGUCACUUUCAUUCGUUGUCCACUUGUUAAGUAUGUUUAUUUUAAAUUUGUUACUCAUCAUGUACUUGAUGAAUAAAAGCCUUAAUGUUGACAGUAUUAUCAAUCUGUCAAAUCCAUUGCCUGAAAUAUCUUACUUGCAUUUAUUUCUUUCAUAAUGUGGGUUUGAUAAUCAUGUGUGAUUAACAUUUUUGCUAAUGUACCCAAUAUUUUAUUCAUUGAGUAGCCAUAUCAAAAUUUCUUAAAAAGAAUGCAGAAAUAGCCUGCUUGUUCAGUAUUUCAUCUGUUUGGGUUGCUUGUCCCAAAUUAAAUUUAAAAAUGUAAUAACAGUAGUAAUAACAAUUGUAAGCAAUACCUUCCUACAUACAAAGUGUUUAGUUUUUUCUUGAAACCCUGUUUCUUCUCAUUGCUUGUUAGCUUGUUUUUUAAUACAAAUUUUAUCACUGUUGCUGAACAAAUGGUUGAAUGGAUGUAGGCCUACCAUAUAUGAAUCUGCAAUAAAGUAUUUAUCUAAACAUGUCUGUAGUUUCAGUGUAUAAGUAUGUAUGUAUGUGGUUUUAGAAGCCUGUGUGGAUGUGGUUUUACUGUCUAUAAGCCUUUGUGGAUAUGGUUUUACUGUUAAGCCUCUGUGGAUGUGGUUUUACUGUCUACAAGCCUGUGUGGAUGUGGUUUUAAUGUCUAUAAGCCUGUGUGGUUAUGGUUUUACUGUCUAUAAGCCUGUGUGGUUGUGGUUUUACUGUCUACAAGCCUGUGUGGAUGUGGUUUUAUUGUCUAUAAGCCUGUGUGGAUGUGGUUUUAUCAUCUGUAUAAGCUUAAAUGAAUUUUACAGAAGUGAAAAAAAAAUAAACUAUAUAUCUAGACAUGUUUGUAGUUUACUGUCUUACUGAUAUUAAUGAAAUAAAGGUUUGAAUAAAACAAUUGUAA